CCUAAGACCGUACCUCUAUCUGCAGUUAGCAAGAGAGUCUCGUACGUGGCUUUUCGGGAGAUCCGAGUGCGCCUCGACAGUGUGAUAUUCGCUGGCACUCACGUGUGCACGCCGCCGAUAAGAAAAGAAACAAGAAGUACACCGAGAGUCGCCCGGCUUUCUGCUCCGGAAUACGGCGUCACUAUGAAGACCCUCAUACUGCUGCUCGGUCUGACGACGAUGGCGUGCGCCCAGUUCAAUAGGUUUACGACCCCGUAUCCACAACCGACGCAAUAUUACAAUCCCAACUACUACGGCCGGCCUUUCUACGCCAUACUGCGACAGACGCAAGACUCCUCGCCGGACGGAUCGUACUCCUACAGCUACGACACGGAGAAUGGCAUUUCCGUGGCGGAGACGGGUCAGCCGAAGAACAUCGGGCCGAACCAGAUCGAGGCGGUCAGAGGUCAGUUCAGUUACACUGCUCCGGAUGGCACGCCGAUCCUGGUGACUUACACGGCCGACGAGAAUGGCUUCUUGGCGAACGGCGCCCACCUGCCGACACCGCCGCCGAUACCGGUAGCGAUACAACGCGCUUUGGCACACAACGCGGCUCACCCCGAAGAGGAGGAACCCUACAGAAGAUAUUAGACCUCGAGUCUACGCUAGAACUACCCGACGCUUCGACGUAGCGACGUGGACGGACGCGGCCGUCCGGUCGACGCUGACAGUCGUCUUCACAUAUUUUCCGGAUAUGGACGGACAUCUCUCGUCUUCGAGGGAUUUUUCAAGAGCGAAUUGUGAUUCGACCUCGCUGGCUAUCGAUCACGGGAAUAAACGUCAAAGCUUAUCCGCGGAAGAAAUGUGAGAUGUCGUUUUCGCGUUUUCUUCGCCGAUCCCGAGUCGAAAUUUUAACUUCUACAUCAAGUCUUCAAGUGGAGAAAACGGAAAUAUGUUUCCACAUGUACUAUCAAAGGAACACAAUAAAUGUUCCUUUAGAGCUACAAAGCGAAUUUAAUCCUCCAGAAUGUAAAUUUCAAUUUCAUAUUAAAUUUUCAAGUGGAGAAAACGGCAAUAACUUCCUCAAUUGCAGCGCCAGAGUAGAGCAAUAGAAGACCCUUGAACAUUUAAUGUAGAACCAAAUUAGACUUAAACUAGGACUAAAAUUUCGGCUCAGGAUGAGGCGUUUCCGGAGAUCGACGAUCGCGCUCGUCGACGGGCCGGCGAUCGUUCCACGACCGUCUCCGCGAGAAGCUCGUCGGGGAGUUCUAGUGUUUGCUUUAUGCGAGGAAGACCAGGCACGAUCGGGCGAGACGACGUAAGAUCGAGCGGUGCGAGUGGGAAGGGAAAAGCUACAAAUCGCGGUUGCUGAAAUUUUCAACGGACAGACGCGGUCGCGAGUCGCCAAGAGAUUCACGCGGCACUCCGAGAAGAAGAAUCCGUGUUCCUCGGCUCAAACGUAAAACGUAUUGGCGCAAUACGGAGAUCGUCGAUCAACGCGGCAUUCGCCCCGCGUUGAUAUUUGAAGAAAUCGCGAUUGAGGCGCGACAGGAGAGGCCGUAAACGCGUUCCGAGGAUGCCUGUAACUUAUAAUAAAUACGACUCGAGAAACGAAAUAAAAUACGCGUCGGGGAUAGAAUUAUUGUAGAUUGCGCACAGAGAGCCGAACGCUCGCAGCCGCGUGUUCGAUGAAGUUCAGCGUUAUUAUAUAAUACGACACGAUAGCAUCUUAAUUAUGAAUUACGCAAAACCGCUCGGCCAUGCUCGAGAGGGAUACAUCGGCGAUACAUCGCGGGACGGUUGUCCGGGACGGUGCAAUUUGCGGGUUUAGCUGUUUCUUCAGCCGCGACGAUGACGACGACUUCGACUGCGAAACGGAGUUCUAAUCAAUUACGUUCUAAUCAUUACGCCGACUCGCGAAAAGGAAGGAAAAAAGGGAAACGGAGAAAUAAUUACAACGCGUUUUUAAUGAUUGAGGCGGUGAGCUUAUCGCGCGCGUAAUUAAACGGAAACAUCGUUACCCGCGCUCGUCCUUGACGAUUUCACUCGUCGCCUGAACGUGCCUUAACCCUAAACGGAAUAUGAAACACUCGACUCACGUAAAACCACAAAACUGACAGAGCCCUGCGCGGCUGUUCUUUUCCACUGAAUUAAUGUACACUUAUAGAACUUAAAGAGAGACAAAUAUACAGCUAAGGCUUGGUUGGAAGAACGGGAAGGAGAGAACUAGUACAAGCUGGUGCAGUCAGUUCAGCGUAAAAGAACAGACCUGUAAUUAGAGAAGAAAGGGAAAGGGAAACAAAGAGGGAUAAUUUCACGUUUUCAGCGGCGAAGAGAACGAAGUGCCAGAAAAAAUUCAUCGUAUUAUCACUGUAUUAUCUUUACCGUAUAGGUUGUUACGCUUAGCUUAAGAAAACGAUUCUUCUUCUGUACGCGAUUUUACUUAAGGCGAGAGAGAAAGAGAGGACGAUUCCUCGACAAGAAAUACAACGAAUUGAAGGAAGGAUCUGUCAGGAUUCCGUUGCGCUGUUUAGGGUUAACCGAUUAACCGACGACAUUCCGCGUCCCUCGAAAGAUCCGCCACGAAGUGUAACGUGCGCUUCGCAUUAUCGAACCUAACACGAAGAGACCACCCGUCUACUGACGCGGUCGAGGUCCUGCGUAUCCUGCGUAUCGAUUACCGUCUGGCGCUUCCACUUUCUCCGCGCUUCGUCGGCGAAAAACUGGCGGAGCUGACGAGAGCGAGCAGGAUGGAUCUGGGCGACAAUAUGUCAUAUCACAUUGUGCUCUAUUGUACUUAUAUCAUGCUAUGGCUACCCUCAUUAAAUCGUUUAAUUGCGCAUGCGUA